UGCAGAAAUCUUUUACAUUUUCUUCUUCAGAAUCUAACCGAUCAGGCCUUCCUCUUACCUCACUCCAUUCCUGCGUUUGCUUUCUGUGCAUGCCUUUCCAUGACUGUAUUUGUUACCUGACGAAACUGUCCCGGCCGGAAAGCCAAACUCCGUCUUCUGCCUUAGUUCACUUUUUGGGGUUUUGGGAAUGUGCGGACGGGCGGGCUCGUAACUGAGCUGUUGUAGAUUUUGUCGCGGAGGGCCAGUGGAUCUGGAAUUUCAGAAGUGAUUGACAUGCAUUGAGAAAAUAUACUGAAGUCAAAUUUAUUUCUCUGCGACUGAAACACAUGCUUCUGGCUUCGAAUUGAUGCAGCCUAGUGAUUAAAAGGACUUGGGAUGAGCUGUAGACAUAGAUAUCCUGGGAUUGAUUUUGCAUUAGGAGUUCUCCUGGAUUACUUGACACAAUUUUGACUGGUGGCUGGCAAUGAUUCUAACAAAGCAGUAUCGUUGCAUACAUUCAGCAAGCUGUAAAUGCACAAAAGGGCAUCUAAGCGAAGAUGUGAUAUUCCUGGUAUUUCAACAAUUGAACUGGAACCCUAAGUUAAUUGCUACUCUGUCCUGUGUAUGCAAAUGGUUUGAUGAUCUUGCAAAGAGGGUACUAUGGAAGGAGUUUUGCCGAACUAGAGCACCAAAGAUGAUGAUUGAUCUGCAAUCUAACGGGAGUCACAAUGUAGAUGGGAACUGGAGAGCACUUGGGAAACUACUUAUUUAUUGUUCAGGAUGUAAGAAAGGUGGCCUGUUUGAUAGAAUUCAAAUCCCAGGCCACUUCGUUUAUAGAACUCGGUUCUCUAGGACAUCAGGGAAGAGUUUUCUUUUGCCACAAUGCAGAUCAGAUGUUUUGUACGUGUCUGACCCAUGUGAACAUCUUGAUCAAGGGGAGGAAGGGGAUGUGGGAUUCUUCCGUGGAGUUUUCAAGUCAUUCUUGGGGUCAAAGGCGCGGAAGCUGCUAAUUAAAAGGGGGGCCGAGUUUCAUCCGACAGAGGUGUGUCCCUAUUGUAAGGCAAAGUUGUGGAACAUGCUGCAAGCCAAGAUGAUACCACAAAGUGCCAGCUGCAGGUUGGGUGCUUAUGAGGAUUGCAUUGAGUAUUAUGUGUGUCUCAAUGGACAUAUGCUUGGGAUCUGCACCCUUUUACCUUUGUCUGAUUCGGAAGAGGCAUCUGAGUUGGAGUGAUAGUUGCAAUGAAGCUCAGAUUUAUAAUCAUUGCGCCUAAUCUGGGUUGGGCAAACAUGCAGUGAGCUGCUGUUGAACUUAUUUGGUGGAAUCUGGAAUCCAUUAUCUCAAUUUCGUACGGACUCUCGCGACAGCCGCUUACCAGUCUCGCCUUGGACAGGCAUGUUCCUGCAAAAGGCCAAAAGCAGCUGCUAAACACUUCUUUUUAAACCAUCCUCUACAUAAACUGUUAAUGUGAACAAUAUACAACGUGUACAUGUAUGUCUGAGCCAUAGAUGCAUUUGGAUGGUAGAUUGGUUUGUGCAAUAAACCAUACACACUCGUCUGCGAAGAACAUUCUGCUUAAUUGUCUACUGAUUUUCUCAACGAA